UGGAGCUGGGGUCAGAGCAGGCUGCCCUUGGCAUAUGUAGGCUGCUGUCUAAGGAGUUAGGGGACAGCGAGAGGAGAUGAGCGGAUGCUGGGAGCCGGAGACUGCCAGGACCCAGGGCCAGAGAGGCUGAGCGAGAGGGAGGGCAGGGGCCUGGGUGGUAAGAGCCAGGAGCGCAGGGCUCUUGGCAGGAAGGGGCUUAGGAUUUGACCGGAGGCAGUGGGGAGCCUUAUUGAAGAGGGCAGUGGGGUUAUUGGAGUUGCAUUUUAAUGAAGGCCAUUAGGAGGUUAGUUUGGGGGCCACAGGGUGGCUGGGGGUCUGUCUGGAGGCUGAGGCCCUAGCACCUCAUUCUUCUCAGCCGUGAAACCGAAACCACUGGCAUCAGUUGUAACACCCCCUUCCCUCAGGCCGGCCCCCCACCUCCCACCCCUGCCACCCAGGGGCCCAAUCUGUCAGUCUACCUCCUCUCAGUAACUCUGCAACCCCAGCGUGUGCCCUUUGACCCUUCUACACAGGGAAGCCAUUGAAACAGUGGGAGAGGUUGAAGUGUGAGGCAUGAUUAGAGCCUUUCCUACCCGUGUGAAUUAUGUCACAAACAGAAACAUGCUUAAACCAUGAGGCUCAGUAUGAUGAAUACUGAGAAAGCAAACCCUCAUGUAACCGUCACCCAGGACAUCGCCAGGACCCCACCCCUGCUGCGUGUCCUCCCUCCCUCCCUGGACUGUGUGGUGAUCACUUUUAUUUUCCUUUGUAGUUUUCAUCUAAGAGUUCAUCUUACCUCCGAUGCUCUAGGUUGCUGUGUGUCCAAGAAAGGAUGGGACAGAAGAGGAGGAUCUCUGCCCCCCACCCUGACUCCCUGCCCCCAGAGAAGACGGGAGCUGGGCCCUCAGGAAGCAGGGGUCUGAGCACUAGGUGGGGGGAGUCUUGGAGGGGGUCUGACUUGCUGCCUCAGUCUGGGCUCCUGGGCCCAGACCAGUUGGCCCAGGCUGGGUUUCCUCUAUGCCAGCCGCUAAGGGAGACUUUCAGGGGUGCUGGGUUUCGGGGUUCCAUUCACUGCUCAAGGGAGGCCUCUCAACUUCCAGGAGAGGGAGGCAGGAAAGUGAUUUUCCCGUUUCAGUUGGGGAAAUGGAGUUAGGGAUAGGAGACACCUAAAGCCACAAGGUCAGCCCUUCACAUGCAGCUUUGCCUGGCUCACUCGCACUCCCAUCUCUCCCUGUGGCAGCGUUCUUCCCAUCUCUAGGAAAGAGGUCAGCCGGCGUCCAGAAGAGAAAGGUUUUGUGGUGUCAGAAAGAAUCCUCAUCAUCCUCAGGACCUUGAAAAGACCAGCAGGGCAAAUCCCUGGGUCUUAGCCUGAGGGCCUUCCUUUGGUGAGAUUAUAUCAACCCAGGCUGGACAGCUCCCACAGCCAUGGAUGCCGCUCUGCUCCUGAACGUGGAAGGGAUCAAGAAGACCAUUCUGCACGGGGGCCUGGGGGAGCUCCCAAACUUCAUCACCGGAACUCGAGUGACCUUCCAUUUCCGCACCAUGAAAUGCGACGAGGAGCGGACAGUGAUCGACGACAGCAAGCAGGCGGGGCAGCCCAUGCACCUGAUCAUCGGGAACAUGUUCAAGCUGGAGGUCUGGGAGCUCCUGCUGACGUCCAUGCGGGUCCGCGAGGUGGCGGAGUUCUGGUGUGACACCAUCCACACGGGCGUCUACCCCAUCCUGUCCCGGAGCUUGCGGCAGAUGGCGGAGGGCAAGGACCCCACCGAGUGGCACGUGCACACGUGCGGGCUGGCCAACAUGUUCGCCUACCACACGCUGGGCUACGAGGACCUGGACGAGCUGCAGAAGGAGCCGCAGCCUCUGCUCUUCGUGAUCGAGCUGCUGCAGGUGGAGGCCCCGAGCGAGUACCAGAGGGAGACCUGGAACCUGAGCAACGCGGAGAGGAUGCAGGCGGUGCCCAUCCUUCACGGGGAAGGAAACCGGCUCUUCAAGCUGGGCCGCUACGAGGAGGCCUCCGCCAAGUACCAGGAAGCCAUCGUCUGCCUGAGGAACCUGCAGACCAAGGAGAAGCCCUGGGAGGCGCAGUGGCUGAAGCUGGAGAAGAUGAUCAACACCCUCACCCUCAACUACUGCCAGUGCCUGCUGAAGAGGGCGGAGUACUACGAGGUGCUGGAGCACACCAGCGACAUCCUGCGGCACCACCCAGGCAUUGUGAAGGCCUACUAUGUGCGGGCCCGGGCUCACGCAGAGGUGUGGAAUGAGGCAGAGGCCAAGGCAGACCUGGAGAAGGUGCUGGAGCUGGAGCCGGCCAUGCGGAAGGCGGUGCACAGGGAGCUGAGGCUGCUGGAGAGCCGCCUGGAGGAGAAGCGGGAGGAGGAGCGGCUGCGCUGCCAGCACAUGCUGGGCUAGGGCG